UACUAGACCCGCUCUCAAAUAAUCUAUCUAAUUCCUUCCACGCUACAGCUCUGCGGUUAUAGUGGCUGAUUUAAGUCGUUCAACUCUUUUUACAAUUAGAGGCUUCUCUCUAUUAACUAGGCUUUGUUUCUCGGCUUCUCGUGGCUAUGCCGGGAUAACGUAUAUCUCCUCGGAUGUAUCUCGUAAUGCCGAGUAAACGGAUCCGCCCGCGUACGUGUACGGGGAGGAGCACAGGGAAUUGCCGCAUUCACUUCAAUCAGAUGAGAUAUAUUGAGCUGCUGUUAUAGAUGGCAUUGUGACGUGCCAUCUUUCAUUAUAGUCAGACAACAACCUCCAACUCCUUUUAUCACCCACAGCAUAUCACCCCUUCACGUUACGUUAAGCUAUCAAUCGCCCAAUAUGCUAGGUCACAAAUCAUUCGACGACAUCGCCUCCUGGCAAGUGUACACCCAAGAGCGCGCCCGUGCCCUCCACACUCAUAUUAUGUCUCUCCCGACUUCUCCAUUCGAGAACAAACCCCUCACCCUUUGCACUACUAUUGAGAGCUGGGCCAGCACCAACCGUCUCCCCAUGAUCUUCCGGGCUGCCAAGAUGGACGUUGCGAGACAGGUCCUAUCCAAGCUGGAGCCGAAGCCCAAGGUAAUUGUCGAGUUUGGAACCUAUGUGGGAACAUCGGCGUUGGCGUGGGGUUAUUUGCUUCGAAGUCUGCAGGGGGAGAAUGGUGACAACGAUGGGGCGAAGGUGUACACCUUCGAGUUGGACAGUGGAAUGGCCGGCAUCGCGAGGGACUUUGUGAAGCUGGUAGGUCUGGAGGAUACUGUGCACGUCCUGGAGGGCCCAGGAUCGGACUCCCUCAAGAAACUCACCCAAGAAGGAAAGGUUCAACCGGGCGGCGUGGAUGUUGUGUUCUUUGACCACUGGGAGAAACUGUACCUGCCAGACCUACAGCUUUGCGAGAGCUUGAGUUUAUUCCAUAAGGGCUCUGUCGCCAUUGCGGAUAAUACCGACAUACCCGGUGCACCGGACUACCUGGAGUACGUGAAGAAGGGAGGCAGCGAGGAUGGGAAGGUUCGCUACGAAAGCGUCUCGCACAGAGCCGAGGGGGACGGACAGGGACCGAAAAUCGUCGAGGUUAGCACGGUUGUCCAGGUUUAGUGGGCGAUUGCUCCAUAGCCUACGGUAUCGUAAAGAUAGAUACUUAUGUGUGAUGCAAGUUUUUGGUUUAAUUAUCAUACUCUUAUGUCUCGUCGUGUAGUCGCUUCUCAUAAUCUACGAG